GUGUCAGUGUGUCGGAGACCUGCAGUUUGGAAGGGUUAGUGAGCAACACACACAAACUUGCCCACUCAGCACACAUGCACGCACACCCACACGCAGCCAUGGCACAGGACGCUGCCGGACUCACUGGAAAAUGAAUCUAAUGAAGGGAAGGACAAUCCGCCUGCAGCAUGGACUCUGAAUCUCUGGACAGCUGUAUCCAGAGCACGCUCUCUGCUCUCUACCCUCCAUUUGAAGCCACUGCGGCCACCGUGCUAUGCCAGGUGUUGGACGUGGUCGAGACAACAUACCGUGGGGACGGGCUGCGCUACAUCAUUGACUUCCUGGUGCCUGCUAAACACAUCCUUCAGAGCAUUCAACAAGAUGCAUGUUUUCCAUACUGUGGUUACCUUUUUCGUCAUGAAGGCUGGCCACUGUGCGUUCAUGAGAAGGUCAUAAUCCAGCUCUCCUCUUUGGAUUGGCGUGUGUUACGGCCCAGCGACUUCUACUUGCAGGUGACGCCAACACCCAAAAGCACCCCGCGCAUCACAGUGAAGUGUCUGGCAGUUAGUGGGCAGCAUGUGGAGGAGCUUACCGUACCGGAGCUAGCAUACACCUCUCUAAUCACCAUGGACUGGCUGGAGUCCAUCAACCGGGAGAGGACUGUGGUCAGAAGAGCCGCCCUGGAACACUGUCUUUUAUCAGCGGAUAAUGACAUUUUUAGGGUACCGUGGGAGGAUAUUGUUCACCCAGAGUUUAUCAGCAGACCUUCCCAAGUUACAGAACAAGGCGGAAGUAGAGGAAUGGCCAAGGAAGUUUCAGACACAGAGGGGAGGGACUCUGACGUAGAUCAAAAAGACAACCCUGAGGACAUACAAUGUAGGAUUUUUAUUGACACUUCCACAGACCAAUCAGGGGAGAUGGACUGUCAGAGCAAGGGGGUUAAGCUCCUCCCUGCUCUCAGUGAGAUCAAUAAAGAUAGCAGUGGGCGGAGCUCUAGCAGCACAGCAGAGGAUUCAGAAGGGGAGUAUGUGGAGCUAGCCGAUAUCACCUUACCACGCUUUUCCCCACAGAAGGGCUCUCUCACUCAAGCCAUUAGUAUGAACUACAGAAAUCUACAUAAACCGCAGACUGCUGGUUCUACUCAGCCUAAAGCCAAACCAGAGGAGGGUCUUUUGAAGAAUGGUGCAUGCUCACAGAGCAUGGUGUGUGCCAUGCUGAUUGAGGAAAACCUGAGUGAUGCCUACCAAUCUGUGAUCUUAACCCCCACUGCUCUUGCAGAGGCAGAAUGUCCGCUCCAGCAGGUGGACGAGUCUAAGCCCACAUCUGCUGCAGCAUCCAGUCAGGAAGUAGACCACAUUGUUUGCCACCUGUCUGCUAAAACCCAGAGUGAAGACCCCUCAGCAGUUCAUCCACCACUGCCGCCCAUCUCCCAGAGGACCCAGCCUGUCCAGAGUGAGGCGCAUGACAUCAAUCCUGAUGUCCUGAACUCAGGAGUGCUCUGCCUACCUGGAACAAGAGAUAAAUCAGGCCAUGCCCUUGUGACCGUGACAAUGAGAAACACUAUCUGGUUGAAUCCAAACUGCAACAGUGGAGAGCUGGUGCGGAUCAUGGUCUACUUCUUCAGUACACUCAGGAAGGAAGUUAGUGCUUUGGGACUGACUGUCCUGGUGGAUGCCCGCAAGUGUUCUCCUGUCCCCGCCCUCUUUAAAGCCUUCAACAUCCUCCAGGAAGCUAUGCCGGGAUGCAUCCAUACAGUACUGCUGCUGGCCGACAGAGAUUUGGCUCUGCGAUUGGAGAAAACCUCUUCUAUACAGGUGGAGUUGUUGACAUCUUUGAAGUCUCUCUAUAAGCAUGUUGACAUCGCUCAACUUCCCACUGAGUUUGAAGGCACUUUCCCUUAUUCCCACAGCAGCUGGGUCUGUUUCAGAAUGAGAUUGGAGCAGCUGACCAGCCAUUGUGAGGAUGCUGUGAACCUGCUUCAGAACUCCAUCAGCAUACUGGAGUCUGCAGUGCUGCCACCUACAGCAGAGGAGGCACAGAUCUUAUUGUGUAAGUACAGAGAGCUGAUGAGGACUGUUCUGGAAGACAGCAGGCUGGUGCGGCUACAGUUGGAGGGAGGAGCCGCUCUGUCCCGUUUACGAAAAGAAGAGACCAGUGUCAGUUUGACAGAGGACUACAGAGAUGCCAUCGAGAAUGCAGGACAUCUGUAUAACCAAGUGGACGAGCUGGUUCACAGACUGGUGAUGCUGUCCAACAAAUGCACACAGGAACUGGAAUUCAUUAUGGAGUUUAAGACCUUGGAGGAGGGAUUCAGAGAGGUGAGUCAGUGGAUAGAGGAGGUGGGAGAGUCUCGUCUGCAGACACUGAGUGAGCUGGAAGAGUCCUUGGAGCAGUUACAUCAUAAACAGACUGUCUUCAGAGAAUUUUACGCUGCUGCAUAUGAGCACUGUAAGAGCGGUGAAGCUCUCCUCAAGCGCUUAGAGAAGUGGGAAGACAUCUCCUCUGCAGAGCUGCAGGUAUACGAGGUGAAAGUGCGCUCAUUCUGGGUCCAUCUACAUGAUUUCUCCCAGCGAGUGGAGGACACCAAGGAUAAAAUUGACAAGACUGUCAGACUCUACGAGUUCUUUGACAAGGCAUAUGAAUGGGCGCUAGAGGGCAUGCGUCAUUUGGCGUGUGUUAGUAUGGAGGAGUGUGGCAUGUCUGAGAAAUGUCAGAGCGUGAUCACAUGUUUGGAGACCUAUCGCACACAGCACCCACCGAUCCAAGACGCACACUUCCAGGAGAUGAAGGACCUCGCUGGGGAGCUGAAGAGUGAGCAGGGACUCAAGCAGUGGAAGUUCGCUUGGUCCAAGUGUCAGGAGACAAAGCAGAUGUUUGAGAAGAAGCUGGAGAUGGCCCUGCGCUCCCGCCGCGAGAGCGACUCCAAAUCAGCAAGGGGUGACUCUUCUCGGCGGAACUCGGACAGUAGCGCUAAACCUCAGGAGCGUAGCAGUAGCAUCUCCUUCUCAUGUCGGAGAGCGUUCGGCGGUGGCUGGGGUCGGGAUAGACUUUCCUCACAGUCCAGCACGUCUUCAACUCCCAGCAGCCCUUUAGGUACACGCCUGGACGCUCGUGACUCUGUCCGAACCCCGACUGGGAGUCUAUAUAGCAUUGAGCACAGAAUUCCUCACAACACCCCUGUCAGAUCCCACAGGCUAACACGUAGCAUCUCCACAGACGAGUCUCCUCAGCAGCCGCAUCUGGAGGGGCUGGCGUGUGCUACGAGCCCAAGCCUCACCUCUAUUGAACCAAACCGCAGGGUUUUGCGAAAGACCCAGAGCUUCGAUACUGCCGGUAGCGAUUCCGUGUCACGGUAUGGGACCUGCCAGAGAACUUUGAGUGAGCCUGCACGGAGAGGAAACACAGGGGUGUUCAUUAAAGGUCUGGAGGUGAGCAGCACUGAAGUGAUCGAUCGGCCAUACAGCCCGCGACUUCCGCCCAUGCAUGGAUGGUCUUCUCUAGAUACUCACUGCAGUGGGAGUCCUGCUCCCGAAACACGAAGCAAGGGCAGUAAACUACGCCACAUUGUAGAUGAGAUGGUCACAACCGAGCGGGAAUAUGUACGCUCUCUGCGGUACAUCAUUGACAACUAUUUCCCUGAGAUGGAGCGCGCUGACCUGCCUCAGGAUCUGCGGGGGAAACGCAGCGUCAUCUUCGGCAACCUAGAGAAAUUAGUGGACUUCCACAGCCAGUAUUUCCUCAAAGAGCUGGAAAGCUGCUGCAACCAUCCAUUACGUGUCAGCCACUGCUUCCUACGACAUCAAGACCAGUUUAGCCUGUAUGCUUUAUACAGCAAGAACAAGCCAAAGUCGGACACACUCCUGGCCAGCCAUGGAAACAGCUUCUUCAGGCAUAAGCAGCUGGAGUUGGGGGAUAAGAUGGACCUGGCGUCGUACCUGCUGAAGCCCAUCCAGCGCAUGAGUAAGUACGCCCUGCUGCUGAAAGACCUGAUCAAAGAAGUGAGUGAGGUCCAGGAGCAGGAGCUAACAUACCUACGUGCUGCCACCGAGAUGGUCAAAUUCCAGCUUCGCCACGGCAACGAUCUGCUCGCCAUGGACGCCAUCAGAGACUGUGAUGUGAAUCUGAAGGAACAGGGACAAUUAGUUCGCCAAGAUGAGUUCACGAUUUUGUAUGGCAGGAAAAAGUGCCAAAGACAUGUGUUCCUGUUUGAGGAUCUGGUGCUAUUCAGCAAACCCAAACGCAUUGAGGGUGGCCUAGAUGUUUACAUAUAUAAGCACUCUUUUAAGACCGCUGAUGUGGGUAUGACAGAGACAUCAGGUGAGAACGUUCUGAGGUUUGAGGUUUGGUUCCGGAGAAGAACUUCAAAGAACCAGACCUACGUUCUCCAGGCCAGCAAUGCAGACGUCAAACACGCCUGGACCUGUGACAUCGCACGGAUACUAUGGCAGCAGGCCACACGGAAUAAAGAAAUUCGAAUGCAGGAGAUGGUCUCUAUGGGGGUGGGCAAUAAACCCUUUCUGGACAUUAAACCCAGCGAUGCUGCUAUCAACGACAGAGCCAUAGACUACAUUAUGAAAGGCAGAGGGGCCAGGACGAGAGCAUCCAUUGCCGUCUCGCUGUUUGACCACUCAAACCCGUUUAAACGAGCUGCAGUAAACGCCCCUGUUAGCGGCCCCCCGGUGGCUGGUGGCCCCUCCUCUUCCACACUGCUGGGGCCCUUAAAUCUGCAUAUGUAUAGCAGCCAAAGCCUGUUAACAGGGGAGAGACCUCUCAUCAGCCCCUGCAUCGAGGAAGACGAGCUGGAACAUGAGACCAGCAGUCAGCCGUCUAUGACUACAGAGAGUUCGGGUUCGUCGUCUCACUGUCUGUCUGGUAGUGGUUCGAGCGGGUCAGACAGCGGAUGUGUGUCCAGUCACCUUCCCGAGGCUUUGUCCGAGGAGCCCAGCUCACCAUGUGACUCCUCCUGUUACUCCUCCAUCACCUCUCCCACCCAAGAGAAAGCCUGCUUUAACAGCCAGUACAUCUCAGCGGGGGAAGCUCAGGUGAUUGGUCCCUCUACUAUAGUGUGAGCUCAGUAACCACUGCUGCAGUUUAAGACCUGUCUGCUUCAGAUUGAGAAGACAACGUUGCCACACCGAAGAGGAGUACAGAGCUAGUAUUUAUUGUUCCUACUGAGUGCAAGCAAAUCUCUUACAGAGUUUAAAAAGCACUCGAAAUAGCACUGUUUCUCUUUUUCUUUUUUAAGCCACUUUUAGCUUCAAUAGCUUUUAUAUAAAUUUAAAAAUGAUCUAUAAAAGUGAAUAAAUAUUCUUGUAUUUAUCUUCUUUUCAAAUGUUAAGAUACAGUAGUGUUCUCAGAUGUAUUAUUAACUGUAAAUACUGUAGUAGUGUACAAAACACUUCUGAACUCUUGCGGUUAUUCAGUUCCCACUCUUUUUCGUUGUUGUUGCCCACUUUGCUGCAGACUUAAGCUGGUUUGAUUUAAAAAAAAUGCCCUAAUGUUAAAAGGCAUGUUCUGAGCAUCAGUUACACUAAAGGUGUUAAGCAGUGUUUAAAGCAUUUGUUGUAGAGUUUCUGCUCUUUCUAGCGUUUCCAUGGUCUUUGGGCCUGUGGUCAGUGUGCGGUGGAAACCGUUUUUGAUAGCUGGCUUGAUCCAGAAUAAGAGAGCAUUAAUUCAGAUCGUACGACUGACCUCAGGUCAGCUCUGCCCUGCACUGCUGCUCCUGGGUGCUGGGUAUUGCUGCUACCUUUUUGGAAAUGGGAGAGUUUUCAAUUCAGUUCUCUUAUUUACAUUAAUAAGUACAACAAAAAAACAACAUGUAAAUUGUAAAUAGUUGCGCCAGUGGUGCUUUAAGGACAUAGCGUUUAGAAAGUAAUCUUUAUACAUGUAUUAACCAGUCAACAUGGGAAUCACUUAAGUGCCAUUCUUUGUUGCCAAUUUAAAUUGUAAGUGUACAAACAAAACAUAAUUUAAAAAAAAAAAAAGCAUUGCAAGUUCCACUUCUAGCUGGAGCAUGAAUAUGUACUCAAGCGUUUCAUUCUUCAAUCUUAACAAGUUCACACAGAAGUAAUAAAGACGGAUUGCUUUGUUUGUACCGAUAA